UUCAGUUGUCGUUGUCGUUGUCACUGACGGCCAACAACGGGUCAUCAACAUGAAAACGUAACCAGAACCACUAACUAACCAGAAACAUAACCAGUUUCUUGGAGUAAACUCAAAACCUAAACCUCAACGUGUAGCCUCUGUUAUCACAGAACCCAGAUUUGGUUUUGUGUUCUGUGGGCUGUACUCCAAACGGUAGUAGCCUAGUAGGUAGUAGGUAGGCCCUACAUCUUGUGCUAGUGCUCUAAGACUAGGCUUAUUAAGGCUAGUCCAUUGACCUGCUAUCUACCCUAGCCUAUUCAUUUGAGUAUUCGACGAAGGAGUAUCAUAUGCAGCAGUGCCUACCCAAAUAAGUUCGUUGGCAUCAGAGAAUGAGUGGAAGAGGAAGAAAACACAGUUUUAAAGAGCGAGAUGAUGACUGGACGUGUGAUAACUGCCACAAUGUAAACUUCUCAUGGAGAGUACAGUGCAACCGCUGUACACAAUGGAAAAAUGAAAAUAGCAGUGGAGGUCUUGGAGUUGGAACUGCUGUACUGGCAGGUGCUGGUGUGGCUCUAGUUGGGUUUCUUGGCCAAAAAUUGUGGAACAGCUUUCAAAGUUCAUCAACGCUGCCAGCUAAGCAAUCCUCUGAUCCUUCACCAACUUCUAGUUAUUGGGUUCCUCCCACUCCCAAGCAGAGUCAACCCCAACCAACAUCUACUGUGGAUAUGAAAACAGAGAAGAAGAUAGAUAUUCCACUGGAAUUUGCUUGUGUUAUAUGCAAGGAGAAUCAAAGGAGAAUAUGUCUUCUACCAUGCAAACAUGUGUGCUUGUGUAACGAAUGUGCUAAGAGGGUUAAAGAGAUCUGUCCCAUGUGUAUGCAAAAGUUUGAUAAACAAGAAAAUGUCUUUUUAUGAAAAGAUGAACAGUCUUGGAGACUUGUUCAGCAAAAAUAUUUUUUUGUAGGCAGAGUAAACUAAAUGCUAUUCUUGGCGGUAUACUGUGUUAUUUGUGUUCGAUGGAUUGAUUAAGUGAUUUUUAAAAUUGACAACAUAGUAAAAAACAUUUAACUUUUCUGUUUAAAGAAGAUAAAAUGAUUUGUUAAAAAGUUAAAAAAAAACUGGGUGUCCCUUGAAGAGGUUGCUACUUUUCAGUUGAUACUUAAUAUAGCAAGAUACUACAGUUCUUUGUAAUAAACAUAAUAAUAUAAAACAUGUUCAUGGUUAAACAUUUAAAAUGUCUUUUUUUUGUCUGUGGCAUCUUUAAAGCUUUGAUAAUCGUGUUCACAUCACUGGAACAAGCUUUAAGGUAAACAUUUUCAUACUAUGUUUCUUUAACAUACAUAUUUUUUUAAUGCGCUAUUCAAGUGCUAAACAAUGUUUUAUUUUUUAAUUACAUAAUGGUAUGGCUUUGAUAAUGGUAUUAUCUUUGAAAAGUGAAAUGAGAGUUUUACUUUGUUAGAGGGUUGGGAUAACUAAUUUGUGAUAUUACGUUGUAAAAAGAAUACAAUAUAUUAGCACAUACAAGAUUUAUAUAACUAUCACUUAUAUUAAUAUGUAUAUAAACUUGUAUUUUAACAAUGAUUUGAAUAAUCUAGUUUAUAGUAUUGUGUAGGUUUUAUUUGGUUUAUUAUCAAGCAUCACAUUACUCAAGUUAAUUGACAGGUGAUUUGUCCAUAAGUCUUAAUUAUUACUAACAGUAGACUAAAAUUAAAAAUGAGAAAAUUAAAUUCUAUUUUUGCUCUGAUAAGAGUUCAUCAACUUUGUAAAAAGCCUUCUCCAAUAACCAUUUUUUCAAAGUUUUUUUAAAGCUAGCUACAGACUCUGUGUUUUUAAUGAAUGUGGGUAAUUUGUUGUAAAUUUGUGGUCCCAUAUAUUGAGGGGAGAGGUGGAACAAUUGAAGCCUAUGUUGAACCGGUUUGAUUAAAUUUUUAAAUCUCGUGUUAUGAGAAUGGUUUUGUUGGCUUUCCAUGAAUAAUCCUAUAUCACCCUUCACCAUUAAAGCGAGUUGAUAAAUAUAUGAACUGUAUAAGGUUAAAAUUUUAAAUCAUAUAAAAAAGUCUUUACAGUGUGCAGUCUUAGGAACUCUUGCGAUCAGUCUGAUAGCUCUUUUUUGAAGAGCAAAUAUUUUUUAGCCCGACAGGAAGAUCCCCAAACAAUUAAUCCAUAGUUCAUAAUAGAAGAAAAAUAAGCGUGAUAUGUCAUUAAUUGUGUUUCUAAAUUUGUGGUAUAUCUAAUUACACGAAUAACAAAUGUGGCAGAGACUAGUCAUUUUGAAACAUUUUUAAUUUUUUGGUGCCAAUUAUAGUUGUUAAUAAAACAGUUUCUUACAGUUA